AACCCGACCGACUACCCGACCCUUCGGUUCCACGAGUUCCCCCCGCCCCCGUCUUACCAAUCCAUCACCAACCCCACCCGUGAAUUCGGGUCGUACGCGAACUUGUUAGCUGACACGAUGACAGCGGCCGUGGAUUUACGCGGCCCCAUCAGAGAGCUCCUGUGGGAGCUCUCAGGCAAAUGCCGAAGGCUCGUGGUGGUUGGCGACGCCCUGAUGGCCACGGCAAUACAGGACGUCGCUUCCAUACCGAACGCUGAGGCUUACAACUUCUAUGUCGGGUCGGCCUUCCACGAUGCCUCGCUCGUCUGGGAAGUCUCCCGUAGAGUGCUGCACAUCCCGCCUUUCCUCUGGAAGCUCAUCGGGAAGCUUGUUCUCCCUCCCGGGGCAGUGAUCCCGGACGGUCUUCCGACCCCACAAAGCUGCUUCCCGGAAAAUUUCUUGAAGUUCAUCGUCGACCAACGAGCCAACCACAAGUUCUUCAAGGGUCAUCUAUUCGACGCUUGUAGGGCCAUAGAAGGCCCAUACCUCGACCUCCUCCGGAGGUGCUACAGGCUACUUAGAAGAGGAAACGUGUGGGGGAUCGGUCCUUUCAACCCGGUCGUCACCCAAUCAAUAACAAGCAAUAGUAAUUCCACAGACCGUCACAGCAGCCUUGGGUGGCUGGACAUGCAGCCACCCAAGUCUGUUAUUUUCGUCUCCUUCGGGACUCUGACCGUUCUGUCCGACAACCAGCUCUACGAGCUAGCAGAGGGGUUGGAACAGAGCGGGAAGAGGUUCAUCUGGGCGGUGAAAGACAUGCUGAAAGGAGGGAAAGGACGGAUCGGGCUGCCCGAAGGAUACGAGGAGAGAGUCAAAGGGAGAGGGCUCAUUCUCCGGGACUGGGUCCCGCAGCUCGAGAUCCUAGACCAUGGGUCGACGGGCGGGUUCUUGACGCACUGCGGGUGGAACUCGUGCAUGGAGAGCAUAUGCAGGGGAGUGCCAAUGGCGACGUGGCCAAUCCAGUACGACCAGGCCAGGAACGCCGUCCUGAUGACGGAGGUGCUAAAGAUCGGGAUCGCCGUGAAAGAUUGGGAACGGAGGGAGGAAGUGAUAACUGCGGCGGCGAUUGGAGCCGCCGUCCGGAGAUUGAUAGGGUCGGCGGAAGGAGAGGAGUUGAGAGUAAAGGCGAGAGAGAUGGGGAGAGCCGUGAAGCAGUCCGUGAUGGAGGGGGGCGUUUCUCGCGUGGAGAUGGACAGUUUUAUUGCUCAUAUUACCAGAAAAUGUUGAGAGGGAAUUGAAGGAGAGGUGCGUUGAAAUAAAUACCUCUAGUUUUC